AUGGAUUUUAGAGCCUUUAUUCGUACCUCCCUAUAUCCGUUCAGGGGCGCCAUAUCGUCAUUGUUUUUCUACCCGGGGGCAAAAUCACACUCCAAUCACAAAUACAAAUGCAUUCGCAGCCAUUCUUUUCUUAGAUCAUCUCCUGUUGAAUGUCCAAUAAAAUUUGCCUAUUUCAUCCCCGAUUCUCAAACCUCGUCCUCGAAAGGGUCCUAUGACGGUUCCUCAUCAUCCAAAGACGCCUUUCCGUUGAACGAUAGAGAUUGUGCACCAAGUGGGACCGUCUCCUCUUCAGAGAGCUCUAAAUUAUCAUUUAUCUAUGGAUCUAGUAGCUGGCCACAUCACCAUCCAGAAAAGGGCUUAGUUAAGCCGACCGAGCAAUGCAAUUCCUACGGGUCCGGAGAUGAUGCUUUCUUGGCAACAAGGAGCCUUUUGGCAGUUGCCGAUGGCGUUGGGGGCUGGGCCGCCGUGCCGGGAGCAAAUGCAGCCGCAUACGCGCGGUCACUUUUGCAUGCACUGUACCAAUUUCUGAUAAAAACGGACCUUUCCGCCAUACCUUCAGCCGGCCCGGCCCAGCUUCUUUACGAGUCUGUUGACAAAGCCUGUUUGCAGGUUCGUCACAUCCUCGGCUCUUCUACGCUGUCUUUUGCUCUUUUACUUCGAGAAGAUCUUUUGUGUCUGUUCAAUCUUGGAGAUUCAGGUAUCAUUCUGAUGCGAGAAGGAAAGUGUUUGUUCCGCUCGUCUCCCCAGUGUUACCAGUAUAACACUCCAUACCAACUCGGACCUAAAAGCAAAACUCGGCCUUCAGAUGGCAUUGUAAAAUUGAUUGCGCCAAAGCCGGGCGAUAUCGUUCUGCUGGCAACAGAUGGGCUAUUCGACAACAUGGAAGAAGCAGAAAUCGUCAACAGGCUUUCCCUGCUCUCCACGGACAUAUCCAGCGGGGCAAUCCAAAAGAGCCAAAUUGGGUCUUCCCUGGCCGCCUCAAGUGCUCAGCUGCUAUCCAAAGCGAGAAUGUCGUUUUUAACAUCUCCAGGCUUGAAAAACAGGCCUGCCGUAUCAACCCGGAGAUUCCAAUCAGGCAAGCCGGACGAUAUCAUCAUCUUGAUUGGAUUGAUUGCCGAUCAGUCCUUCACUGCCUCCUUAAAUUUAAAAUUUCAAAAUAUUGGUGCGCAUCCUACAUUAGGACUUGUCGCGGCGAAGCCGAUCGAGCGGCUCGUGAUCGGGUCUCAAGGCAACCCUGGGAACGCUGGCGUGUUUGAACGGCCCAAAAAGGUCCAACAUCACAGGGCUGCUCUGUUGGAAAUCAAGUCAAACAAUAACACCUAUCCUAUUGGUGCAAUUGCAACUGACUUAGUAAGCCUUUUUUUUUGGAAAUUCCAUUUGUAUCACCUCGCCUCGCGCCGCCCAUAUAUUCCUUCUUAUUCGACAAUCCUCUCUUCAAUGUUUCUGCAGACAGCAACGGCGAGAGAUGAGCUUGAGUUCAGCCUGCUGGACACCCUUGCAGAGGUGACACUUGAAAGCAUUACAACCGGACAUGGUCCAUCACAUAGAACCGGAAACAUUGGUCAAGAAAGCCUCUUUGCGCCCAAUUUUGCUCAUACCAAGGGCGAAAGGUUUGUUAACGUAUCUGAACUUAUUGGCUUAAGAAUACCCGGUCUCAUCUUGCCCUCUCCCGUUAUUUUUUCUCAAAAGCGAGAAAAUCUGGAUUCUCAACUUACCUUGCCGGCCCGCGAGAAAAUACCGCCUAUGCAGCGAAACCGAAAACCAUCUCCUUUGCGAACGAUUCUUCCGAAAUAUUCGCCAAACACCGAUCCUUCCGAACUCUAUAUUGCAUCAUCCAGGUCCAGCUCGAUAGGGCCUCAAAGUACAACUGCUCUGUGGUUAUUAAAUGGCCCGUCGCCACAAACACACGCAGCACCGAGCCAGCCAAAAAGGAAGGGGUCUUUAUGCAUCACUCCUACGCAUUCGAAUACAACUAUCGCGACGUCGCCAUUAUCAUCGAGCCAGCCAGAAGAACCCACGCCUUUUUCUUGUAUACAAACAUUUCAUAGCUCGUUAUCAACGGCCCUAACGGUCCCAUCAAGGGCAUUGCCCGAAAUUCUGGCGUCAACAGCCACUCCAAACACCAGCUUGCAGCGUUCAAAUGUAUUCCCACCGAAAUCGACUGCCCCAUCUGUUGGUAGCAACACAAAACUUCAAACCGCAUCAUUCCCUCUUAUUCCGACUACAAAAUCAAAUACGAUCAAAAAAAAUACGGGAUUCAAAAGAGGUAGGCUGGAUGUGGUGUCCUAUUCAGCCGGCGAGUUGUUUGACCCAAACGGAGCCUCAAAAGCAGCACCCUCGCACUGGUCCGAUACAAAAGUUACGAGGAAAAACAAGUUUUAUUUGAAAGACCUGUUUGAGCGACUGAGGGUGUCGCUUUCGUUGCCCUGCUCGCACAGGUAUAAGAAAUGUGAUAUACUCUCCAAAGCCAUAGAUAAGAUUGAAAAUUUGAAAGAAAAAAAGAAAAAGUUCAUCAGAUCAAUCAAGACAUUUUCCAAAAGCCUCUUCAAAGGCAAGGGCUCCUCAAAAUCUAAAGGGCCAUCUGAAAAUCCAGCAGAACAUCCGGCUUCUUCCGCUCCACAGGAAAAUCUUUCAACCUCAAAGGCCCCUGGAAGCCCCAAAUCGCCCACAACCUCUGGCGAUUGUGUCGACAAAAAGAAGGGCAUGGACACAAGCAGCACCGAGGACAUACGCUUUUCAUUUGAGCACUUUAUAUAG